AUGGCGAGGGUGAGAUUGAUGCAGAUUACAUUCCUUGUGGCCACCCUUUGGGCUUUUGUUAAAUCCCAAAACUUAACAACACCAACAGAUCUGGAAAACAAGUGCGGUGAGUGCCCCUGCAACAACCCCUGCACCACCACUCCUCCGCCCCCACCGCUGGAGAAAAGGCCGCCGAGCAGCUACUGUCCGCCACCACCUAGCAGAGGCGGCCAAAAUCCGCCCUACAUAUACAUAAACGGUCCUCCCGGAAGUGUCUACUCGCCUUUCUCCUCCGCCUCCCGCCGCCGCCGCCGCCACAGAAUUCUUCCGCCGCCGCCGUUCUGCAUAUUCCAGCCUCUUACCUCACGCACAACCAGCGGCCGCCAAAGUCUAACCUAUUCACAACAACGCUCGUCACUUGCUAGACUGCAUCUUCCUCAUCCCGAUCUCCGCCGCAGCUCCAACACCGUCUCCGUCGUCGCGGCCUUCAGAGCCGGCGGCUGCCUCUUCAACUGA